ACAAACGAGAUUCCAAAGCUUGGAGCGUUGCGCUGGCAAGUUAUUUACUAAGGAAAUAUUCUUUAUGUUUCGUGAUAUUCUUGCAAAGUCUGCAGAGAUGGUUGUGGCAACAUGCAAUCAAACUUAUACAUGCUUUAUAUACACAGUUCGCAAGUACCAAGCGUCAAAAAGGGAGUGGAACGUAUCAUUCUAUCCUGAUGAUGACGUGUUUAAAUGUUCUUGCAAGAAGAUGGAAUCAUUUGGCCUCCCGUGUGAACAUAUUAUUGCACUAUUGAUAUUUUUAGAUGUCGCAGAAUUGCCAAAGUCUCUGGUGGCAGAUCGGUGGACAAAGAACGGGAAGGAAGAGAUAUGUAGAACAAAUAAGCAUCUUCCAAAAUAUUGGGAUUCACACAAGUCGUCGAGAUAUUCUACUCUUAUGUUUCGAUAUAUGCGUUUGAGCAAAUUAGUAAGUGAGAAUGGUGAAGAUUUCGAUGAUCAUAUGAAACAGGCUGCUGCUGAUAUCCGAAAAAUGGAAGCAAAAAGGGGCUUACAUGAUGAUGGACCCACAAAUUCAAGUGAACUUGUCCAGGAGACACUGAAGGAUCCUGCUCUAGCUAGAACUAAAGGAUGCGCUGGCGAUUCUUCAUCACGUCAGAAAAAAAGGAAGCGGACUCAGUGUUCUAUUUGCGGAAAAUUUGGCCAUAACAAGCAAACAUGUUCAUUUCCUCGACAUAAUGCUAACAUGAAAAAUUCGUCACUCGGAGAUUUUCACAACAUUGAAUUCAGUGAUGACUCUUUGCAUAACGAUCUUGAUUGAAUUGUAAAAGCGCAUCUAUAAGUGUGAAAACGGAUGCACCUCGAAUGUUAAAAUUGGUCAUGCAAGAUGAUUCAAGAAAUUCGUAGAAUUCUUUCACUGGCUAUUGGAUCUCAAUUCAUUUCUUUUCUGUUUGUUUUUAUUAAAAUAUUUUGUUGCAUGGAUGAUGUAUUUGUUCCCCACUUGAUGAUAGUUACGUAUUUCAGUUGUGCCUUUUCUAUC